AUGUCUCUAGAGAAACCGCUAUCUGAGAUUUCGGAGAUCGAGACCAUGGAACUCACGCAACUACCAGAGCGGAUGUUCGCUUCCGGUGAAGAACCCGUUGGGGAGAGAGUGAACACUCAUCAUAAACCAAAAAGGAUCGAGUCCAUUCUGGACGCACUAGACCCGGAGGAGGUGGAAUUCAUGCGGAAGACGACGUUUGGGAAAAUCAUUUCACAAGCCAAGAACCCUUCUUUUUCCGGUAGUUUUGGCCAGUUUGUCAUUGUGCGAAUUCUCCGAGUGAAGAAGAAGUAUGAGAUAUGGUUUCUAUUCGCCGGGAAGCCGAUCAGGAUGUCCCUGCACGAGUUCGCGCAUGUCACAGGCCUUAAAUACAGGAAGAUCCCGAAGAAAAACAUAAAAAGGAAGAAGAAUCCCAUCAACGAAAACCUCUACUGGGGUGAACUUUUUGGGUCUCUUAAGUUCUGCGCCGUUGACACCGCCAUUGAGAUGCUGAAGAAGAGGAAAGUCAAGGACCGAGAGAUGCUAAUCAAGUAUGCAUGUUUGGCGUUCACUUCUUGUGUUCUACUCCCGACUUCUCACUCCCCUCGGAUUAUCACUGAGCACGUGGAGAUGAUACGUGAUUUUGAUGAAUUCCUUAAAUAUCUGUGGGGGAGGGUCACCUUUGAGAUGCUUGUUACUGGAAUUAAAAGGAAAGACGAGAUUUCGCUAUCCCAGUCAAGCGUCGCCUUACCUGGUUUUGUGGAUGCGAUCCAACUCGUAUUCAUAGCGGCUGUUCCUCAGAUAAAAGAGGUCGUCACUCCUGCUGAGCCUGUUGUUGUGAUUGACUCCGAUACCGACUCAGAUUCUGGGGAUAGCGAAUCGCAAGCUGAUAAAGCUGAAGUGAGCGAGCCUCCCAUUGCAACCCCUGUGAGUGUGCGAUACUGUGUUAACCCCGCACACGUAAGAGAUCUGCACGAAGAAUGCAAGGUUGAUGUUACCUCCAUGGUUGUGGACGCAACCCACACACCGGAAGAACUGACGUGGGAAGAUGAGGUCGACGAUGUAACAGUUGAUAAUCUUUGGGGGCUUAUCGUCUUCUGA